UCUUGGCAGUUGGCACAUGGGGAUCGUGUUGGUUCGCCGAAAAAAAUCAAAGGGCGCAUCACUAUAGAACGAGUUGUGUGAACCAGUAGUGGUGUGUGGACUGUGGAGUUCGCGCAUCUACGGCAGGUCUUCGAUUGGGCCAGAGAUCAUAUCAAAAGUGUAGUGCGUGCACGAGAGGAGCGCGUGAUUCGUCCGCCGCCCGCCGGUCCGAGACCGCGGCCAGUGUGGACGCGUGACAGCGAAAAAUUAUUUAGACCUCCUCCCUCCUCGGCUGCUGCCUUCCGCACACUGACCUCGCCGUGCCGUUGAGAGGUCAACUAGAGCCUGCCGAGCCGGUAGGGCGGUAGCAGGCGCGAGGAGAAUGGGGACGGAGGCCGACGCCGCUGCCGUGGACCUGCUCCGGUCGCAGAUCCCGUUCCAGACCGACGGGGAGUUCGUCCUCCCGCCGCGCGGCGUGGGGCUCGUCCUCGUCGACCUCUGCAAUGGCUUCUGCACCGUCGGCGCCGGGAACCUCGCUCCUGUUGCGCCAAACAAGCAGAUCAGUAAGAUGGUGGAAGAGACCAAUAGGCUCUCUAAGCUGUUCUGUGAUAGAAACCUGCCGAUCUUUGCAUUCCUGGAUACCCAUUAUCCAGAUAAGCCGGAACCGCCAUAUCCCCCUCAUUGUAUCAUUGGUACUGGGGAGGAGAACUUUGUCCCAGAUCUGGAGUGGUUGGAAAAGGAGCCAAAUGUGACUAUAAAGAGGAAAAGUUGUAUUGAUGGGUACAUCAGCUGCAUAGAGAAGGACGGGUCUAGUGUUUUUGUUGACUGGGUUGGAAAAUAUCAGAUCAAAACUGUCUUGGUGCUCGGGAUAUGCACGGACAUCUGUGUUUUGGAUUUUGCAAGUUCAACUCUGGCUGCUCGAAAUAUUGACCGAGUACCACCAUUACAGGAUGUCGUGAUUUAUUCAGAGGGGUGUGCUACAUAUGACCUUCCUGUUGAGAUUGCUAUGAAUAUCAAAGGAGCUCUUGCCCAUCCACAGUAAAACAUUACUGGACAUAAACUGGAUGCUCUCUAGGAGAUGCUGAAGGAAGAACCUUACAAUCAACUUACCAUUUGAUAUUGAAGGAUCUGAUGCAUCAUAUUGGACUCUAUAUGGCCAAAGGAAGGGGUGCAAAGGUAGUUGACAGGGUGGUUAUUGAACCUUGAAUCAAAAAACUUGUCCUCAUCGUAGUGAUGUUGCUAGAGUUUCCUCAGUCCUCUUAUCCUUCCAUUGUAACAAUCAGAUAGAUAUGCAUCUUAGCAAGUUGUUGACAUACUAUAUAAUGCUAGCGACAACUAUGUUGAAUAUGUAAAAAUGGGCUCAUUUUGUGGUUAGCUUGUACAUAGUUCCUAAGAUUACUCUAUCCUGCCAAACAUGCGCCCAGUUUAAUAUGCACCAUGUUUUCUCAUUGGUUGCUAAUGUUCAGUUCUGGGAGUGUACAUUUGUAUUUAAUGAAGUACUCCCUCCGUUUCAAA